AAAUCACAAGUAAGAUAUCUGUGGCUGUGCUUUUGGCCUAAAUAUCCUAGUUUAUUAAAAUAAUUGUGAAUCACAAACAUGCAAUAGUAUGUGUUUCCAUUAAUUUCAAUAUUUUCUGUUUCGUAUUGUUUUUUAUUAGUUGGUAAACUCUUUAGGAAAUGUCCUCGCCACGCCCAAAAUCUCCCCGUACUCCUGUUUUACCUAAGAAGGAUGAUAAAGACGAGUCAUUUUGGGAUAAAAUUGGUACCAUUGGGCGAAAGAAACGCAUAAAGGAAGUGCAAGAAGUGCAAGAGGAAGGGAAAUAUGCAAUUGAUUCCCCAGGAAGUCCUACAGCUCCAGAAAUUCCUCCAGAAGAAUAUAGCUUGUUGGACAAUGAAGCCAGGGCCAUAAUUGAACCCCGUUCCUUAGAAGAGCCAAGAGUUCAAGAACUUAUUCAAGUAUUGAUUGAUUGGAUCAAUGAUGAGUUAGCGGCCCAGAGAAUUAUUGUAAAGGAUAUCAGUGAAGAUCUGUAUGAUGGUCAGGUUCUCCAGAAGUUACUAGAAAAAUUGCAAGAAACAAAACUAGAUGUACCUGAAGUAACGCAGAGUGAAGAAGGACAAAGACAAAAAUUGGCAGUUGUAUUGCGAGCUGUCAACAAGGUACUUUUUGGUACAGGACAACCUGUUACCAAGUGGAGUGUGGAAUCUGUUCAUUCUAAGAAUUUGGUUUCAAUUUUGCAUUUGUUAGUUGCUCUUGCUCGUCACUACCGUGCUCCUAUCAGGUUGCCAGAGAAUGUCAGUGUCAGUGUUGUUGUUGUGAAGAAAGAUGCACAAAACCAGCUGUCGCAUAGGACAUACACAGAAGACAUCACAACAACAUAUGAUGAGUUGGGCAUGCGUUGUGAGAGGGAUGCAUUUGAUGCCCUGUUUGACCAUGCACCCGAUAAGCUGCAAGUUGUUAAAAAGUCGCUGAUAACAUUCGUGAACAAACAUCUAAGUAAAGUCAAUUUGGAGGUGUCUGACUUAGACAGUCCGUUUCAUGAUGGUGUUUGUCUUGUUCUUUUAAUGGGACUUCUGGAAGGCUUCUUCGUACCGCUCUAUGAUUUUUACUUAACGCCGAAAGACUUCGAUCAGAAAGUACACAAUGUUGCGUUCGCGUUUGAGCUGAUGCAGGAUGUUGGUUUGGCAAAGCCUAAAGCCAGGCCUGAAGAUAUUGUUAAUUUAGAUCUGAAAUCGACUCUUCGUGUUCUCUACAACCUGUUCACCAAAUAUAAGAAUAUGGCGUAAACGGUCGAAAUGCCUAAUACUCUAACAAUUAACUAAAAUACUAAAUCAACUGGAAUACAUAGAAAUAUUAAUCUUAAUUACAAUAAAACACCACCAAAAAAUUUAAUAUAUACAAAGUUCUAAUUACAGUCGAUGGUAAGGUUGUAUUGAGGUGAUUCGUUAUGACCUGUAUUUACCUAUGGUCUAAACGGUACUUUGUUUUGAUCUUUAUAUAUAAUUGAAAACGGGACACAGAACGAGGUUUUGCUAUUCCCACAUUUGACCUGCGUUUAAUUAGUCAUUUGUUCAUCAUAAAAGCAGGAAGAGUUUUAUUAUUAUCUAUUGAUCGGCUUAUAAGACAUUGCACUGAUAUUGGAAAAAUCAAAGUUUACAAACAUUUAUUAAAAUAUUAAUUUACAAUGUUAUUACUAAUAAGUUAGACUUAAGUUAUCUGUGUUGUGUUCUAAUCAAUAUUGUUGAGUAACUAAUUUUUCGUUUAGUGAACGGUUAACGCCUUUGUUCAUAAUGUACAGCAUAAUAAUUAUCACAAGUUUUAUGUACCUUAUAAAAUAAAAAAAUUAACAUCC